AUGAAAAGGCAACGUAUUAUUGAGGAAACAGAAAAUGAAAGUUCUGAAAUAAAUGAUGAUUCAGACACAAUUGACCAAGUGGAUGAUACUCCUCCGCGAUCACGAUUGCGUAAACUCUCUCCUUCAAGAUAUACAUCUUCAGGUGUUGGAAAUGAAGUGCCUGACGCAUCAAACAGUAGAUUGCAGUUGACCCCGAAUUCGAAUGCACAUAAUGGAACGCCAAAAAAUACUCGUCGAUUGCCGACCCCGAAUUCGAAUGCACACAAUGGAACGCCAAGAAAUACUCGUCGAGGGCAGACUCCGAAUUCGAAUGCACACAAUGGAACGCCAACAAAUACUCGUCGAGGGCAGACUCCGAAUUCGAAUGCACACAAUGGAACGCCAACAAAUACUCGUCGAGGGCAGACUCCGAAUUCGAAUGCACACAAUGGAACGCCAAGAAAUACUCGUCAAGUGCAGACCCCGAAUUCAAGACAUACUCGUCGAGUGCAUGACCCAAAUCGAAAUGCACACAAUGGAACACCAAGAAAUACUCAUCGAGUGCAGACCCCGAAUUCGAAUGCACACAAUGGAACGCCAAGAAAUACUCGUCGAGUGCAGACCCCGAAUUCGAAUGCACACAAUGGAACGCCAAGAAAUACUCGUCGAGGGCAGACUCCGAAUUCGAAUGCACACAAUGGAACGCCAAGAAAUACUCGUCAAGUGCAGACCCCGAAUUCAAGACAUACUCGUCGAGUGCAUGACCCAAAUCGAAAUGCACACAAUGGAACACCAAGAAAUACUCAUCGAGUGCAGACCCCGAAUUCGAAUGCACACAAUGGAACGCCAAGAAAUACUCGUCGAGUGCAGACCCCGAAUUCGAAUGCACACAAUGGAACGCCAAGAAAUACUCGUCGAGGGCAGACUCCGAAUUCGAAUGCACACAAUGGAACGCCAAGAAAUACUCAUCGAGUGCAGACCCCGAAUUCAAGACAUACUCGUCGAGUGCAUGACCCAAAUCGAAAUGCACACAAUGGAACACCAAGAAAUUGUCGUCGAAUACAUGCUGUCAAUCAAAACGCACACAAUGCAAUUGAAGGCCUACGACGUCACAUCACUAUCGAAAAUGAAGAUGUGUAUAUGGAUGAAAAUGUACAUACAAACCUUGAAACAUGGGAAAUGAUCAAUCUAAGAAAAAAUGAUUCAAAAUUUGUUAAGGAUAUGGCAGUUGUUAUCUGGAAAAAGGAAGUACUUCAAACAAAGUGUUUGAAUCCACAAAGAGCCAAUAGAAAUGUUACUGAGGCAGAAGUUAGGCAAGCAGUGACACCAUCAAAAUACCAAUUAUUAAAAGACUCUUGCAACUGGCGAUUAGGCAUUUGUGUGAGUAUUCACACAGUUACUUCCAAUUCAGUAAAGGUGGGCGUGGCCUAA